AUGGCACCAGCAAAGCCCAACUUCGGCGUCUAUACGCCACUAGUAACCUUCUUCGAGGAGGACGAGUCCCUCGAUCUCCAAAGCACUUUGGCUCAUGCAAAGCGCAUGGCCGAAGGCGGGGUCGCUGGGAUUGUGCUUCAGGGAAGCAAUGGAGAGGCUCCUCAUCUGGAUCAUAGCGAGCGCAAGACUCUGGUGCGCGCUGUCCGCGACCACCUUGACCAUCUGGGCUAUACAGGAUUGCAGUUGAUUGUCGGUUGCGGCGCACCUAGUGUGCGGGAAACGCUAUCCUAUAUCUCAGAGGCUAAAGCUUCCGGUGCCAAUUUCGCUCUCGUGUUGCCACCGGCAUACUGGGUUGCAGCCAUGAAUGCAUCCGUUAUUGAAGGCUUCUUCCAUGAUGUGGCAACUCAAUCCGAGCUUCCUAUUCUCAUAUACAACUUCCCUGGCGUGACGGGAGGUAUCGACAUCAGUUCCGACUCCAUCAUCCGCCUAGCCGAGUCCAAUCCAAAUGUUGUCGGGUGCAAGCUCACCUGCGGCAAUGUUGGAAAGCUCCAACGUGUCUCAUCAGCACUUUCAGGGACAUCAUUUGCUGCUUUUGGUGGAAAGUCCGACUUUUUCCUACCCGCGCUCGUCGCUGGAUCGAACGGGAUUAUUGCCGCACUCGCCAAUAUUGUACCCAAGCUGCAUGUGGAGGUGCUGCGGUACUAUGAGAAGGGCGAGCUUCAGGCAGCACAACAGCUUCAGUCCAAGCUCAGUCAUGCAGACUGGGCCCUCACCAAGGUGGGCAUUGCGGGUGUCAAAGCUAUCGUGUCCCAUCAUUUCGGAUACGGUACGGGCCGGGGACGCAGACCACUAGGGAACACAACAAUCUCGACUUUGAGCCAAGGAAUUGUGGCUCCGAUAAGUGAGGUGGUUGAUCUGGAGAAACGUUUGUAA